AUGAAACUUUCCUUUCUUUACUUUCUCCUCUUCUUCUUCUCCCUCUUCUUUCUUCAAGCAUCCAUAGUCCUCGGUGCUUCAAAUUCUUUACCUUCCCAACUCAGUGCCUUGCUAUCCCUCAAAUCCUCACUCAAAGAUCCUCUCUUUACAUUCAAAGGCUGGGAGAGCAAGGCGAAUACUCAAGGUCCAGUUUGGUGUUCAUGGUCUGGAAUCAAAUGCCACCCCAACACAUCCCUAAUAGUCUCUCUAGACCUCUCUCACCGCAAUCUUUCCGGUCCAAUCCCAGCUGAAAUCCGCUACUUGUCCGGCUUAAUUCACCUCAAUUUGAGCAGCAACAGUUUCGCUGGACCUCUCCAACCAGCCAUUUUCCAACUUACUCAGCUCAGAAUCCUUGAUAUAAGCCACAAUGACUUCAACUUCACUUUCCCGCCUGGGAUUUCCAAGCUCAAGUUCUUGAGAGUCUUCAAUGCUUACAGCAACAGCUUCACCGGUCCAUUACCUCAAGAAAUCAUCAGACUCAGGUUCCUUGAGAAGCUCAACCUUAGUGGAAGCUACUUCGAAGGUAAUAUUCCACCAGGGUAUGGAAGUAUUCCCCAACUCAGGGAGCUUGGCCUGGCCGGAAAUACUCUUAAUGGCGCCAUACCACCUCAACUGGGGCUCUUACCAGAGCUCACUCGCAUGGAGAUCGGCUACAACGGCUUCACUGGUGGCCUUCCUGUAGAGUUGACAUUGCUAUCAAACCUCACCUACUUAGACAUCUCCAAUAACUUGCUCUCCGGGUCACUCCCACCCGAGCUUGGCAACUUAACCAUGCUCACCACAUUAUUCCUCUUCAAAAAUCGAUUUUCAGGCACUAUCCCACCCAGCCUGGGAAACUUACAAGCUCUACAAUUACUCGACUUAUCAGACAAUCAGCUCACGGGUUCCAUCCCAGCCGGCAUUGCUACACUAAAAGACCUCAACAGGCUGAGCUUAAUGAACAACUUCCUAGUCGGCGAAAUCCCAUCCCAAAUCGGAAAGCUUCCCAAUUUAGAAACCCUCUUCCUCUGGAACAACUCCCUCACAGGAACCCUCCCCCAAAACCUCGGCACCAAUGCCAAGCUCGUCCUCGUCGACCUCUCUUCCAACUCACUCACAGGCCCAAUCCCCCCAACUCUCUGCAACGGAAACACACUCGUGAAACUCAUCCUCUUCUCCAACCGCUUCUCCAGCCUUCUUCCAAGCGCACUGGCCCAUUGCACUUCCUUGGUCCGAUUCCGCAUACAACACAACGAACUCAACGGAUCAAUCCCUGAGGGCUUCGGCUCCCUCCCUAACCUAACCUUCUUCGACCUAAGCAACAACUACUUCACCGGCCUCAUCCCAACCGACCUCGGCAAUGCCGCGAAGCUCGAGUACUUAAACAUCUCCAACAAUCCUCUUCAUUCAGCUCUCCCUCAAAACAUCUGGAACGCAACUAGUUUGCAAAUCUUCUCCGCCAUUUCCAGCCACCUCACCGGAAAAAUCCCCGACUUCAUCGGCUGCAGGAGCCUCUACAAGAUCGAACUACACAGCAAUGACCUCAACGGCACCAUCCCCUGGGACAUUGGCCACUGCGAGAAGCUUCUGAGCUUGAGCCUCAGCCGGAACUCCCUCACCGGAAUCAUCCCCUGGGAAAUCUCAGCUCUGCCUUCCAUCACCGACCUCGACCUCUCCUACAACUUCCUCUCCGGCACGAUCCCCUCGAAUUUCGAUAACUGCAGGACGCUGGAGACCUUCAACGUCUCGUUUAACCUCCUCACCGGUCCGAUCCCGUCCUCCGGCGUCGUUUUCCGGAAUCUCCAUCCGACGUCGUUUUCGGGAAACGACGGGUUAUGCGGCGUCGUUUUGGCGAAGCCGUGCGCGGAGGCCGCCGGAGCGGUGGAGGUCGGCGGCGGUCACGAGCAGCCGAAGAAGACGGCGGGGGCUAUUGUCUGGAUCAUGGCGGCGGCGUUCGGGAUCGGGCUGUUUGUGCUCGUCGCCGGGACGCGUUGCUUCCACGCCCGGUACAGCCGCGGCGGGAUGGAGGAGGGCCCACAGGUCGGGCCGUGGAAAUUGACCGCCUUUCAGCGUUUGAAUUUCACGGCGGAGGAUGUGCUGGAGUGUUUGCAGAUGAGCGAUAAGGUGAUUGGGAUGGGUGGGACCGGGACGGUGUAUAAAGCGGAGAUGCCAGGUGGCGAGAUCAUAGCGGUGAAGAAGCUCUGGGGGAAGCAGAAGGAGAGCAUAAUCCGACGGCGGAGAGGGGUUUUGGCGGAGGUGGAGGUGUUGGGGAACGUGAGGCAUAGGAAUAUAGUGAGAUUGUUAGGGUGCUGCGUCAACAGGGACUGCACCAUGCUGCUCUACGAGUACAUGCCCAAUGGAAACUUGGACGACUUGUUGCAUGGCAAGAACAAGGCCCAGAAUUUGGGUGCGGAUUGGGUCACUAGGUACAAGAUUGCUCUCGGUGUGGCCCAAGGGAUUUGCUACCUUCACCACGACUGUGAUCCGGUGAUCGUCCACCGUGAUCUCAAGCCGAGUAACAUUCUGUUGGACGGCGACAUGGAGGCGAGGGUGGCGGACUUCGGGGUGGCUAAGUUGAUCCAGAGCGAUGAGUCCAUGUCUGUGAUCGCCGGUUCUUACGGCUAUAUUGCGCCAGAGUAUGCUUACACCCUUCAAGUUGACGAGAAGAGUGACAUAUACAGCUUCGGGGUUGUGCUGCUGGAGAUUUUAAGCGGAAAGAGAUCGGUGGAGGCGAUUUUCGGGGAUGGAAACAGCAUUGUGGAUUGGGUUCGGACGAAAAUCAAGAGCAUAGAUGGCAUCAACGAUGUUUUAGACAAGAAUGCCGGGGCAGGUUGUACGCCGGUGAGGGAGGAGAUGAUGCAAAUGCUUAGGAUCGCAUUGCUUUGCACGAGUAGGAAUCCGGCGGACCGGCCGUCGAUGAGGGAUGUGGUGUUGAUGCUCAUUGAAGCCAAGCCUAAGAGGAAGUUGCUUGCUAGUCAUGUUGUUGGUCGUGACCGUAGCGUGAGUUGUGGUGACAUUCCGCAAAAGCCAACACUUGAUUGUUAAUAGGAUCCUAAUCCCUCGAGGGUUUUUCUUCAUCUUUCUUUGGUUUCUUUUUUUCCUUCUUAUUUUUGGAAAUGGUGGGAAUUGGUAUAGGAGAAGCAAUUUCUUAUUUUACCUUCAUUCAAAAUGGAAUUUGUAAGUGUUAUCGUACCUCUAGCUAUGAAUAUGGUUUGUUAACGUACGUAUAUAAAUUAAAGGGUGUUGAUC